AUGACAUUGCCAAACACACUCAUGUCAGCGGAUCAGAUAUUUGAGUUUGUUAGAGCUACGGAUUGUUAUCCAAAUGUCUCAAUUGCUUAUCGUAUCCUCUUGACUGUACCGGUCACUGUUGCAUCAGCUGAAAGGAGUUUCUCAAAAUUGAAGUUACUGAAAAAUUAUUUGAGGUCAACAAUGUCCCAAGACAGACCGAAUGGUUUGGCCAUGUGCUGCAUCGAGAAGAAUAUGUUGGACAGUAUUGAUCUUGACAUUGUCAUUGAUGAUUUUGCGUCAAAAAAUGCACGGAAGUCUCGCUUCUCAUGA